AACCACUGAAAAGCAACAAUAGCCUACUUUCUCUUUUUCAAAGCGAAAAAUCUUGGACUAUCUCACUCUUGAUGUUUUUUUUUCCCUCUCAGCCAGACGCCAUAUGCACGCCUCCGCUAGUCGACCCACUUUUGACUGGACAGACCAUUUCGGCUGCCUCUAUCAUUAGUCUGGUUAUCACAGGGUUAGAAAAUCUGAAGUUUAACUUCUAACCAACUCGUUUACACUUGAUUCCAAGACUAAUCGUGCAACACACUGGGGGGAACAUGUAGACAUGGAUUUUAUGAAGCUGUUUGGCACUGUUAUCGCCGUUUUGUUCCACCCUGGAUCCGCGUCUAAAAUAAAUGGCCAAAGGAUCUGUCGGCGCGGGACAGAGCGUCCAUGCUACAAGGUGUCGUACAUCCAGGACAGCAGGCAGAGGCUGACCUUCGAGGAUGCCAGGCAGGCCUGCAGGUCGGAUGGAGGCGACUUGCUCAGCAUUGAAACAGAAAGCGAGCAGCGGCUGAUGGGGAGGUUUAUACAGCAGCUGCAGGCUGGAGAUGGAGACUUCUGGAUCGGGCUCCGGCGCAGCCCACAGCGUUACAGGGCAGGCACCACGAGCCCAGGGUGCCCCUCGCAGUACUAUUGGCUGGAUGGAAGCAAGGCCAAGUUCAGGAACUGGCAUUGGGACGAGCCAUCGUGUGGUGUUGAAAUGUGUGUGGUUCUCUACUACCAGCCCUCUGCACCACCUGACGAAGAAGGUCAUUUCCUGUUCCAGUGGAACGAUGACAACUGCAACUCCAAAAACAAUUUUGUGUGCAAAUACCCGGAAGAAAAAGUACCAGUAUUUACUGAGGAAGGGAACACCGCACAUGCAGUUCCAUCUCUGAGGCCAAACAUAUUGUCAACUACAGAGAGAGAUGAGAGGAUAAAAAUAGGACUACCUGAGUCAUCAGUGUCUCUCUCAGACAACACCCUGUAUGUUUCCUACAUCCUUUAUGCAACUAUGCCUGCUCUGCUACUGCUGCUGUUUGCAGCCGCUGGAUUCUUCUGCUAUAAACAGCAUGCUAAGAGGAGGAAGACCGAAACAGAAAGCUACCCCAGCAGAUCAAAACCGUGGACGUCAACAACAGCAUCACCUUAUGCCAUACAAGGACCUUACGCCUUUAGUGACAUUAGCAAACUGCCGCCUCACACUGCUCUGGACAGCAGCAUACCAGCAGACAUCAUGAAAAAGUACUCCUGUGCUCCUUCCCAGGACUCCUGUUGCGACGACUAUGAGAAUGUGUCAUGUGCGGAAAGGGAGAGCGGCUUUGUGACCAAUGACAUCUAUGAGACCUGCAGAGCCCAGAGCCGGCAGACUGGUUGGGUGGAAAAUGAGAUCUAUGGAUAACACUGUUGAUGCAGCCAUAUCUGGUCUCUGUGAGUGUCUGUCAACCUCAUACCAGCUAUAGAAUGUGACCCAGCUAGACAGAGGAACACAAUGUUCUCAAUCCCUUUCUUCCUGUACCCUACUGGUUACUUGUGUGGUUCAGGCUAACUAAACAUGCGUCUGUGUCGGCCUGGACUUAGACCUAUAUUAAAUAAUCUCCUGUGUGUACCUCCAGUGCUGCAUCUUGAGCAUCCAGCAUCCAAAGCUGCAAGUCAGAUAAAUGCUUAAAGCAGGGUUUCCCAAAGUAAUGUCAACUGUGAGUCCAUAUUUAGGCCCCAAACUUCCCAGAACCCCAACAAUAAAGAGUUCUCAAAUUGGGAAUCUAAGCAUGGCAUACAUUUGGAUUCAAGAUUAAUAAAUGGGUUAUAUAAAAUUGGUAAUAUAUUUAAGAUAUUUCUAAUAAAUGUUUGCUAAAUAAAUGCUAACAUUUGCUAAUUAGCACUAAAGACAAAGUGCAGCAGAUGUUGAGGGAAAUUAUUAGAUUUGCAGAUAUUUGGUUAUAAACCAAAGUAUUAAAUGGAUUACAAGUUAGGGAAUCCAAUCCAAUAGUUUAGACACUUUACUCUGAGCCACAAAUGUCAACCUUAUGGUGAUUCUAUAACAUUGAGAUGCAUCAUCUGGACAAAUUCUCUGACAAAUUAUGUAACUUCACAGCAGCACAAAGGCUUUGGUUUCAAAGAAUGAUCUCAAAUAUGCAUUACUGAGUCAGGGCAGGUUAGCGGUACAGCAGCGCUGCUAUAUUUCGGUAUGGUGGAUUGCACAUUUAACCAUGGGUGUGCAAAUUUUGACAACUCACGCAAGGUUACGCAUCUUGUAAACAAUCCAAAAAUAGUCUAUUCAGCCGCUUUCAAAUCACGUCACUAGAUAUUAUGAGACACAAGGAUAGAAAGAUCCUGUUGUCUUUCUACAACAGUGGAGUUAUCCUAUUCAGGGACUAUUCUGACCCUUUCUCUAAACCUAAAGAGUGGUGUCAGCCCAGUGUAAGGCUUCCUGUUUGGACUCUGAUGUCAGGGAACAGGACAGUACAUGCGGAAACUCUGAUGACAGAACUCUGCUGACCCCAGUAAAGCUCAAAGCUGUGGGCUUUCCCAGACCCCACCUGACUGUGGGGGAAACUCAACCCUUCCACUGAUCUGACAGUACAGAAAGUUUUUAGGAGUGACCAUUUUUUGAGUAUGUCAAUGUCAUGGAUUAAUUAAUCGGUGUUUGCUUGUAAAUGCCUGCCUUGUAAAUUUGUAAAAUAAUCAUGGAUAUACAUUACUAAACACAAAUGCCUUUGUUAUUUCUGAGUGGACUGCUGGGUCUGUGUCUUAGAAAUAUGUAGCAAGCCCAGUAAGGAGAGGCUGAGUGUGUUCUUGGAGAAUGUUAGACAGGAAAUGCCAAAAGCACAUCUGGAACUCUUACAUUCAGGAAGUCUAUGCGUGACAGCGGGGGCCUUCGGAGUGCUGCUCUGCCUGCCCGUAAUCCACUGCUCUGUGUUAGACUGUCAAUGCAUGAGCUGAAGAGAACAACUGUUGGGUGUGAACGUGUGCUGAAUCUUAAACAUGAUGUGAUCUUUAGAUGUCAAAUAAAGUUUGGUUACAAGA